GGGCCGCUCUAGCCACGCCCAGGGAAGUCACUGUCCUCACCUUUUAGGAGCCCGCGCCUCGGUUCCAGCGGACGCUUCCCCUGAUCUCGGCUCUACCACCAUCCACUGCCGUCUUACCGCCCACCAUGGCCCUCCUGCACUCCAGCCGCGUCCUCUCCGGGAUGGCUGCUGUCUUUCACCCAGGCCUUGCUGCUGCAGCCUCUGCCAGAGCCAGCUCCUGGUGGACCCAUGUCGAAAUGGGACCUCCAGAUCCCAUCCUGGGAGUUACCGAAGCCUUCAAGAGAGAUACCAAUAGCAAGAAGAUGAACCUGGGAGUUGGUGCCUACCGGGAUGAUAACGGAAAGCCUUACGUGCUGCCCAGUGUUCGGAAGGCAGAGGCCCAGAUUGCUGCAAAAAAUUUGGACAAAGAAUACCUGCCCAUCGGGGGACUGGCUGAAUUUUGUAAGGCUUCUGCAGAGCUGGCCCUGGGUGAGAACAACGAAGUGUUGAAAAGCGGCCGGUUUGUCACUGUGCAGACCAUUUCUGGGACUGGAGCCCUAAGGGUUGGAGCCAGUUUUCUGCAAAGAUUUUUUAAGUUCAGCCGAGAUGUCUUUCUGCCCAAACCAUCCUGGGGAAAUCACACACCCAUCUUCAGGGAUGCUGGCAUGCAGCUCCAAGGUUAUCGCUACUAUGACCCCAAGACUUGCGGCUUUGAUUUCUCCGGAGCCCUAGAAGACAUAUCAAAAAUCCCAGAGCAGAGUGUUCUUCUCCUGCACGCCUGCGCGCACAACCCCACGGGCGUGGACCCGCGUCCAGAGCAGUGGAAGGAAAUGGCGUCCGUGGUGAAGAAAAAGAACCUCUUCGCAUUCUUCGACAUGGCCUACCAAGGCUUUGCCAGCGGUGAUGGUGAUAAGGAUGCCUGGGCCGUGCGACACUUCAUCGAGCAGGGCAUCAAUGUCUGCCUCUGCCAAUCAUAUGCCAAGAACAUGGGCCUGUACGGUGAGCGAGUGGGAGCCUUCACGGUGGUCUGCAAAGAUGCCGAAGAAGCCAAAAGGGUGGAGUCACAGCUGAAGAUCCUGAUCCGUCCCUUGUAUUCCAACCCACCUCUCAAUGGUGCCCGGAUUGCCGCCACCAUCCUGACUUCUCCAGACUUGCGGAAGCAAUGGCUGCAAGAGGUGAAAGGCAUGGCUGACCGCAUCAUCAGCAUGAGGACCCAGCUGGUCUCCAACCUGAAGAAAGAGGGCUCGUCCCACAACUGGCAGCACAUCACCGACCAGAUCGGCAUGUUCUGUUUCACCGGCCUGAAGCCUGAGCAGGUGGAGCGGCUGACCAAGGAGUUCUCGGUAUACAUGACAAAGGAUGGCCGAAUCUCCGUGAAUCGGCUCCGGAACGUCACCUACGAGGUUUGUGAAAGGAGGUACGGGAGGUGCAGGUGGGGUUGUAGGGUUCCUGGGUCCUUGGAGUCCUCCAUCACUGCUGAAAACAGAUCCCUUCAGGGCUCCACAGCCGCCUUUCCCUGUGCUCUCUGCGGCACCGGUGCAGCCACGCCUUAG